AUGUGGGGGCCCUUAUCUCUACUGAGAAAGCCUUGGCCUUCUUGCCCAGUGUAUGUAUGGCACAGGGUUAUGAAGCCUUAUUUCUCCGAAAAUUGAAUGAAAAUCUUGGUCAGUAUUGGUUAAUUAAAUCCCUAAGUUGGUGUUUUAAUCUCUUAUUUGUGGAGUCUUCUCUGCUGAGAAAAGAUCGUGUCCACUCCAUAAACAUGCUCCAAGAUCCAUGUCUACUGGAAGCUUUCCAUUAGAACUAUGCAGCUGAAAAUGACUGAGAUUUGUGAUAUGGAGAUGAUCUUGGUGAGCCCAUUUCUUUAAAAUGUGGGUUCGUGAAUAUUUACUCCAUUUAAAUAGAAAAAUAAAAAAAUAAAAUAAAAUCUGUGUGCUUUCUUGUUCAAUAAGUAAGAAAAUCUCUCCAGUAGAGGAUGAACAGAAAAAGAGUUGAACCCUUGUUCUCAGGUUGAGAUGAUUAUGCCGUCGUGGAGCAUUUUUGGCCGUAUGAUCAGUCACCUGGGGAUGAUCUUGGUUUAUAUUCCCAGGCCUUCUGAUUUCCUGUGAAAAGGCUCGGUUUGGAUGGCGUUCUUCCAGCGGUUUGAUCUUACCAGAGAAAUCGUCUAAAUAAUAUCAUUGAACCCGUCAAGAUGCCCAUCUGCGUUAAGAACGUGCCAGUGUUUGUGCUAUAUGACAGUGACGAAGAUUGGAUUUAAAAGUCAACCUUUUUGCUAGGGUGUUUCAUGCCAGUGUUUUAGCUGUAUGAUCUAUGACAGUGACGAAGAUUGGAUUUAAAAGUCAACCUUUUCCAAGAGUGUUUCAUGCCACUGUUUUAGCUCCAUGACAGUGACGAAGAUUGGUUUUAGAAGUCAACCUUUUUGCCGGGGUUUCAUGCUGUGUUUUGGCUCUAUGACAAUCACGAAGAUUGGUCUUAAAAGUCAACCCUUAUUGCAGGCGCAUCAUGCCAGCGUUUUGAGCUCCAUGACAGUGACCAAGAUGGGAUUUAAAAGUCAACAUCAUUGCGGGGGCUCAAUGCCAGUGUUUGAGCUCCUUGACAAUCACGGAGAUUGGAUUUAAAAGUCAACCUCAUUGCAGAGAGGCUCCAUGUCAGUGUUUGAGCUCCUUGAUAAUCAUGGAGAUUGGAUUUAAAAGUCAACCUUUCUGCAGGGGCUUCAUGCUAGUGUUUUGGCUCUAUGACAAUCACAGACGAUUAGAUCUAAAAGUCAACCUUAUUGCAGGGCCUUCGCCGUUUCUCAGGCGCUUCACCUACAAGGAGAUCAAGCGAGCGACAGAUGGCUUCAGCAGGAUAAUCGGAAGCGACUCCGGGGGGGCCGCUUAUAAAGCUCAGUUCCCGGAUGGGCUCGUCGGUGUUGUGAAGAAGGUUCGAGUUCUUGCACCAGAGAGCGACGCCUUCCACAGAGAUCUCCAGUUCCUCGCCCGCCUCCACCACCGUCACCUCGUCGGCCUCCGGGGCUUCUCUGAGGAACAUGACAGGUCAACAUUUCCCAUUAAAAUCAACCUUUUUUUAGAAUUAAUCUCUCUUAAAAAUCAGCCAUCACCCCCAGGCGUUGACUUUGGUUUCAGGUUUCUCGUGUUUGACUACAUGGAGAACGGAAGCCUGAGGGAGAUCAUCCACGGUACUCGAAGCUGAGAGUAAAGUGGAUCAUUUUUUUUUUUCUUGAUUUCUGGUGGAAACCGGGUCGGGUGGCAAAUAUCUCCCUGUUCUUCCGUGCAGACCCUCUGAGGACCCCGUUGACUUGGAGGGCAAGGCUACAGAUAGCCACUGACGUCGCGGCUUCUCUGGUUGGUAAUGGCCGAGUUGACUUUUGGCUUCGGGUUCUUGAAGGUUGCUCACCAGUCAAUCUUCUUUUCGAUUGAUUCAACCGUAGGAGUACCUGUGUCUAUUCUGUGAUCCCCCGCCCUGCAACCUCACCGUCUCCGCUGAGAAUAUCCUGCUUGACGGCAACUCGGUCGCCAAGGUGCGAGGUGCCACCGUUGAUCCGCCCGGAUUCAUAAAUUAUUAAAUAGCAGUUUGAUCCCGUUUAGUUUUUUUUUUCAUAAAUGCAGCUGUCUACUUUCGGGUCAAUGAGCUUUGACGGGCAAGUUCGUGAGCCAUCCGACGAAGAAGAUCUGAAGGGUCAAGUCUAAAUCCUCGCUACGAUCUCUCCGUGUUCAUCCUUCACCCCUCCGGCGUUGACCAAGAUUCUUUCUGUUUGUUCCUCCUACAGGAGUCAGUGGGCGAGGAGACGAUCAGAUUCUAUUCCAGUUUGGGGCGCUGAUCCUCGAGUUGGUGACUGGCCAGUCGUUCGGGAGCCAGGGGGCGGAUCUGCUCCGGUGGAUCCAGCGGGCUGACUUUUCCCACUCGAUGAACCAGAUGGUCGACUCAGAUCUUGGGAACGCCUACGACUCGAGCGAGCUCAAGAGCCUGCUCUUCGUCGCCAGGCUCUGUAUCAAAACGGGCGGUCGUGGACCACCAUCAUUCUCCAUCUCCCAUGUCCUCCGAUUCCUCCAGAGUAAGGUCAACGGUGCAGAUUCUCGAGAAAUGUGA